AUGAAUCAAACUCUGAAAAUCAACACAACUGAAAAAUUUGCAACACCCGAAGAAUUGGCUCAACGCAUCAAUAAAGUGCUCUAUUUUGCAACCAACACCGGCUGUGCAUUCUACAAGACCUUUUACGAACAUACUAUAGCGAAGUUUGACCAAAUCGGACAGAACAAAAAAAUAGUCGAGAAUACACUCACCACUCUGAAAGUGAUCGAAAAUCUCGUACAAACAGCAUGUGGCAACCUCGAUAUAAUCAAAGAAUCAAUGGAACCAUCAAUAAUCACACCAAUUCCAUCGGCAACUACACCGAUUCCGUCGAGCUCUUCAGCAGCACCAGCCAUUUGCCCACAACUUUGA